CAAGAAAAAAAAAACACAUCUUUUCCUCGCUUAUCAAUUUCAUUUCCGUAAUACUCUCUUCCCUUGCCUCCUGAAAAAAGAAAGAAAUACUAGAGCCAAAAAAAAAAAAAAUUCAGGAAGCAUCCGGAGACAGAGCAGAGCAGCCACAGGAGCGGAGCGAGCAAGCCAUCCCUACGGCGGCGGCGGCGGCGGCGUCUCGAAGCGACCGCGCUGAUAAGAUCCGGUUCUUCUCUCCCUCUGCCUGUUUGUUUGCUUGUUCCUGGAGGCGAAGCAGGUUGGGCGCAGAGGCAUCGGUUCCGUCGGGUUGAGGUUCUGAUCCGUAGCUCUUCAUUUGGGAAGGACUUGAUCAAGAACUGGGGAUCUUGAGUUGAAUAUGAUAUCAAAUCCGGUGGAUUGGUACAGUUUUGGACCUGGAUAGAAUUGUAGGGAUGCCAGAUUGGAGGGUGGGCGAGUUUGAAGGUAAAUUCAAGGAUGAAUUUGCUCAGAGUAAUAAUAACGAACAUGAAGGUGGAAUUGGGACUCCUGGUAUCACUAGUAGUAAGAAGUUGAAGCAUGCAGUUGCCAGUGAGGAAAGCCCCCAAGGUGGCAUCUCUGGAGCAAAUAACACAGAUUCACAGAAGUGUAAUUCAGAGCACAUCCAGUCUGCCAAUGGGGUAAUAUCCCAGAACAUAAACAGUACCAAUAACUGCAUAGGAGACUGCAAAGAUGGCUCAAAUACCUUUCCUUUGAGAGAAGAAAAUACAACCACAGAAACCAGAUGUCCAACAGAUAAUUGGAAUACCUGUCAGUUUGCACUGAGCAAUGGUUCGCCCAUUCUCAAUAACCACAGUGCGCCGCAGGGUAGCCUCACUUAUGGAGAUAAUGAUUUAAACUACAUCGAAUGGCCUGGCAUUGACAAUUUUGAGGAGGUCGAUACAUUAUUCAGGACAUGUGAUUCCACAUAUGGUCAGCAGCAGCUGGAGAACACAAAUGAGCUAUCUUGGAUUCCUUCUUCUUCAGAUGCCGUUUACUCUUCUGAUGUUGCUCUGCAGCAAGGGUUUGACUCCUCUUAUUCAGAUUAUGGUAUUCUGGAUGACCUCUCAGCAUUCCACUGUGCAGAUGAUAAAUCAUUAUCCUCGGUUGAUCCUUCAGUUGCUCUAUGUGACAAGCAAUUCAAUGACAAUUAUCUGUUCAAUGAGCAAAAGAAUGUGAAUGCAUAUGACGAACAGGUUUACCAAGAGGAUGCGAUGGAGUUCUUGCCCACUGACCAGAUAUGCAGUGGGCAUGAAAACUUUGAUAUGGUUGGAAGUCAAUAUUCGUCAGGAAAUGCCAUUCAAGGUAUUGAAGAAAAGCAAUAUUCUAUAGCUUCAGCUUCUCAGCUGAGCUCCUCUCAGAAUUUAUUGAAGAAAAAGCACCACUUAGAUUCCAGUUCACCAAGCAACAUUACUUCUGAGCCCUAUCCAGAAAGAAAUGGCCAGUUCAGUCCAUCUGGUGCUUCAUUUGCUCAGAUGAACACUAAGGUGCAGAAGAAAGUUGUCAACAUACAACCAAGACAGCCCAUAAGUGAUAAUGUGGUGAACGGACAUCCUCAAACAUUGACAAGAAGAGCUUCAUAUCCUUGUGAGAAUUAUGAAACUGAAAGAAAGGGGUUAGGCAAAAGAACAUUGGGGGAUCCUCAAGUUACAAUGGGUACUUCAAUGGUAGUGGAUGGCUCAUUUGUAUCAUCUAUGUCCUCUGAUAACUCAGUUGAAGAAAGCAGCUUUCGACAACUUCAGGAUGCUGUUAGACAGCUGGAUGUCCAAACCAAAUUGUGCAUUAGAGAUGGUUUAUACCGACUGGCACGAAGUGCUCAACAUAGGCAAGUUUUUCCAAAUACAAUGAACAGCAAUGGAGAUAGCCAGGAUGUAAAGGAUAUGCAAAAUGCAGAAACUUCGCGCAAGUUUGUCGAUCCUCGGAGCAUUGAGACACAGACAAACCCAAUUGAUCGGUCUAUAGCUCUGUUACUUUUCCAUCAGUCAUCGGACCACGUAACUGGAGCAGUUGAUGAUGCCUCAUCACUAAAGUCCCAUGUUAGUAAAAAGCAACACCAGGGCCCUGCUAAAAACCAGGAUGUGGUACCAGCUUCAUCUAUAUAUUCCCCAAGAGGACAGGGUGGGUUCAAGGAUGCAAAAUGUCUGGACAAUUACUGAAUAUAUGAUGCUUCUAUCCAUGACCAGGUUAAAGUUGCAAGACGUGGAGCUUCCAACGUUUGUGAUUGUUCAUAGUGUACUGUUGUUGCAAACGUAUUGGGGCCACUUGUCGUUUCUUCGUUUUGUUUUGAACUUGCAGUUUAGUAGUUGUCAAGCUUGGUGUGUACCGUGUUUUAGUCAACUCCAAUUAUAUUGGCUUUGACUAGCUUGUACCCUACUGUGAAGGCCCUCAGGAGUUCUGUGCCCCUUGUGUUCUGACUCACACUUUGUGUAAUCUCAAAACAUAGAUUUUGUCA